CUGAUUUAUGGAUGGAUAACUGGACUGGAGCACAUCAUGCCUUCGUACGAGGAGUGGAAGAAGACCCUACACUUCUAUUACUUUAUUAAAUUCACGCUGAACGUUUACUCCAUGCUGUUUUCGUUCCUGGGUCUGUGUGUGUUGUGUAUAGGCCUGUAUGCGGAGGUGGAGCGUCAGAAGAACCGUACACUAGAGGGUGUGUUCCUGGCCCCGGCCGUGGUGCUCAUCCUGCUGGGCCUGGUCAUGUUCACUGUGUCUUUGGUGGGCAUGGUGGGCUCCCUCAGGGACAAUAAGACCCUUCUACACAUGUUCCUGUGUGUGCUGUGUGUUCUGCUGGCGCUGCAGGCCGUCGCGCUAAUCAUCGCUCUGCUCUUCGAGAGGAAGACGUCCGAGUUAUUCCAGAAGAACAUACGCGAGGGCAUCAAGCACUACUACGACGACCUGGACUUUAAAAAUAUCUUGGACUACGUGCAAGAAAAGUUCUCGUGCUGUGGGGGUGAUGAGUAUAAAGACUGGGCGGUGAAUCAGUAUCAUUUCUGUAACGGUACGGGACCACUGGCCUGCGGCGUCCCCUACACCUGCUGUAUCCACGACAAAGAGUCUGGGGAAGUGGUAAACACGCUGUGUGGCUACAAGACUCUUACACAGCAGCGUGAAGACUUGAAUGAUAUUAUACAUGUGAGAGGCUGCAUUCAUGCCGUGAAUCUGUGGAUUGGCGACAACAUUGGGAUCACGAUAGGAAUCUGCUGUGCUGUGGGUCUGCCUCAGCUGCUGGGGAUCCUGCUGAGCUGCAUCUUCUGGAACCUGCUGGUGGAGAUGAGCGAGUCGGCCGACAUGGUGGACUUUAAGUUCCUGAAGCGAGCCGGUUUCAGCUACAGCGAGCUGGAUCUGGCCGGCGCCGGGUGGUGCAUGUGUUUACCGCGGGAAGGCGGAUACCUGCCCAUACCUGUAACGGAUCGGGGUCUGGAUAAAGAUCGGGACCUGUACUCUCCGGACGCCGAGCCGUUCGACCCCUCCCACUCCCAGUUUGAGCUGCUGGACCCAGAGCCGGGCGUGGGGAUGGACGUGGUGGGUAAUCGGAUGUAGAGGCCGGAAAGGGACCUGAGGUGCUUCUGUUUCACUGCGUCGGUUUUUAUUGUGUUUUUAUUUAUUGUUAUUGGAUUUGUACACCUUCCUCUGAUUGCACAGGAUUAUUCUGCACUACAUUCUGAGUUCAUGUGCUUUCGCUGAGUUCUACCUACCAUAAUACAGCGCUCACUUUUCAUACUGGUUUUCUGUUAAAAUGCAGAGAACGGGUCCCAUGCUGUUGUUUUUUACUCUUUUAUGUACUUUUCCAUGUUUUUAAACACGUUAAAAGGGAUGUUGGGAUUAGUUGGGAUUAGCUUUCUGUGGUUUUCAUGUUGUAUUUUUAAUUUGGGAUUACUUGACUGGUAGAAAUUGCCAAUAACUGGCAACCCAUCUUUUUUUUUUCUUUUUUUUAUUAUUAUUAUUUUACAUUAGAACAAAAAAAAAGUAUGGGUGUGAUUUGUUGCAUUUGUGGAUUAAUAGACUUGUUGAAAUUUUUCACUUACUGGCAACCCAUCUUUUUUUUUUUCUCCUUGAUUUCAAAUUUUAUAUAGGAAACAAAAUGAUGGGAUGAGUGCAUCGUAUCGUAUUUGGGUAUUACUUGACUGGUAGAAAUAGUUUAUAAGUAUAACUGGCAACCGAUCCUUAAGUUAAACUUUUACAUGAGAACAAAAAGCGUCUGGUCUGAAAUAUUGUAUUUAGGAACUACUUGACUAGAAGGAAUGUCAACAACUGGCAACCCAUAUUUUGUCUCUUUGUUUUCAAAUUUUACAUAACAAAAAAUAGGGAUGGAUGUGGCUUAUUGUAUUUGCAAAUUACCUGAUUUGGUAGAAAUUACCAAUAACUGGCAGCCCUUUUUUUAUUUUCUUCUUAUUAUUAUUUUUUGUCCCUGAUUAAAUUGUUUUACAUAAAAACGAAAAGGGUGGGCGUGUCUUAUUGACAAUUUCUACUAGUCAAUAAUCAUUAAAAACAAUAACUAGCAACCAAUUCUUAUGUUACAUGUCUAAGUUAAGCUUUUACAUGAGAACAAAAAGUGUUGGGUGCGGCUUCACUGAUAUGAAUUGUCAAUAACUGGCAACCUACCUUUUUUUGUACAAAAACUGGCAUCCUUUUUUAUUUCAUUUUUUUUUCAUAAGAACAAGUGGAUUGGUAUGGCUUAAUGUAUUAUUUGGUGAUUACUGGACUGGUAGAAAUGGUCAAUAAUGGGCAACCCAUCUCUUUUUUUUGUGGUUUCAGUUUUUUACUUUACAAACAAAUGGGAUGGGUGUGGCUUGUCGUAUUAGUUGUAUUAUUUUAUCAUGUUGUCUUUUUAAUUGCAAAUUACUAAUAAUUGGAAGGGAAUUAUUUUAAUGAUUGGCAACCAAUCUUUUUUUUUUAUUUAUUUUUUUUAUUAUUAUUUUCUGUUCACAUAAUGAAAUAGUGAAUUCAGAACAGAAUAUUCAGGGAAAUUUAAAAUUUUUAGUCUGUUUGAUAACUGUAUGUAGAUGUAUUGUUUUGUAGAUGAGAAUAGAUGUAUAGUUUAUAGAUAUGGGUAGAUAUAGAAUAUUGGGACAGCGCACAGUCCAUAAAAUAUAGGGAUGUUUUAUUUAAUUUUUAAAUUUUUUCCUAAUAUGAUUUAAGUAAUUUAAUGCCUCCCUUGCAAGAUAACACCUCACUACCUUUACAGGUGUGGGUGUUCCCAUGCUGUCCUGAGCAAUUGAUAUACUGCUAUCCCAUGACUUUUGGCAUCUCAGGGUAGUUCAGUGUCGUUUUAUCCUGCAGACUCUAAACAGUUGAGUUCCACUCUGAGAACUCUCCUCAGCUCUGUGGGCCGCGAGUACUGCCUGUUAAUGGGAUUUACUGGAUUAACUUCAGAGGGCAACUGGUCCUGGAUCAGGCUUAAAACUAAUAACUGAUCUAAACAUAACAUCAGGGGAAUGUUUCUGAAAUACUUACAUUUUUAGUAACCAUU